UGAUUUAGCUAUUGGCUGAGAGCGGUCACGUGAUUGAGACGUGGGGGUGUUGCCGUCUGGGCCAAUCAGGAGCGAGCUGGCGGUGACGACCCCGACAUGGCGGCUGCAGCAGUGGGUUUGAUAGCCAAGGCGUGCGUGGGGUGGAUGGGCAGGGCAGCAGUGUGGCGGAGUGGCGGCGCCGGUCUCCACUGCUGCAGGGCCCUAUCGUCUGGAGCACCACACCCGCACCAUGACGGCGCGGCCACACUUGUGCAGGGCCCGCUGCAGAGCCUAAACGAGGAGGAGGCCAUGAUGAGAGAUGCCGUUGCCAAGUUUGCUCGGGAUAAGUUGGCGCCCAUCGUGGCGGAGAUGGAUCGCGCGUCUGUCAUGCACCAGGGGGUCAUCGACGGCCUCUUUGAGCAGGGGCUGAUGGGUAUUGAGAUCGACGUGGCGCUGGGUGGCGCGGGCUCAACGUUCUUUGCGUCGGUGCUGGCCGUGGAGGAGCUGGCGAGGGUCGACCCCUCGGUCGCCGUGCUGUGCGACAUCCAGAACACGCUCAUCAACACCAUGGUGCGCAAGCUGGGGACCGCCGAGCAGCAGGGACACUACCUCCCCCGGCUCGCCAGCGACACGGUUGGGAGCUUCUGCCUGUCAGAGGAGGGCUCGGGCAGCGAUGCAUUUGCGAUGAAGAUGCGGGCGGAGAAACGCGGAGAUCACUUCCUCCUCAACGGAACCAAGAUGUGGAUCAGCAACGCGGAGCACGCGGGGGUCUUCCUCGUCAUGGCCAACGCCGCGCCAGAGAGGGGCUAUAAGGGCAUCACGUGCUUUGUGGUGGAGCGUGACACGCCGGGCCUGCAGGUCGGCAAGAAGGAGGACAAGCUGGGCAUCCGCGCCUCCUCCACCUGCCCUGUGCACUUCGAAAACGUCAAGGUUCCGCUGAGCGCCGUGCUGGGCCAGGAGGGACACGGGUACAAGUACGCCAUCGGUAUGCUUAAUGAGGGCCGCAUCGGCAUCGCUGCGCAGAUGGUGGGGCUCUCCCAGGGCUGCUUCGACCACGCCGUCGCCUACACCAAGCAGCGCAAGCAGUUCGGCCAGCGCAUCUACGACUUCCAGGGCAUGCAGCACCAGAUCGCCCACGUGGCGACACAGAUCGAGGCGGCACGGCUGCUCACGUACAACGCGGCGCGGUUGCGCGAGGCCGGCCUGCCCUUCCUCACACAGGCCUGCAUGGCCAAGUACUUCACCUCUGAGGUGGCAUCUUUGACGACGUCAAAGUGCAUGGAGUGGAUGGGAGGAGUGGGGUUCACUACCAGCUACCCCAUCGAGAAGUACUACAGGGACUGCAAAGUCGGCACCAUUUACGAAGGAACCUCCAACAUACAGCUCUCCACAAUCGCAAAGUUCAUGGAUCAGUGACCGUGAGUGAUGUUGUAUAUAUUGUCUUGAAAAAAAAAAAUUCUUUGAAAAAUGUUAAAUGUGUUUGUGUACGAAAUUAUGCUAAUUUAUGCAUUCGUGCGAAUUAGGCUUGGCUUUGUUGUCUAGGGGUGUAUUACCUAUUGUGACAAUACAAUGAAAAAUAUGUAAUUUAUGAAAUUAUGCUACUGUAUGCAGUUAUUAUAAUUAGGCUCGGCUUCGUUGUCUAGGGUUAUUUAUCAAUCGUGAUAAUACAAUGAGUCUCGCUUUAACUUUUACUGAUGAUAUUUUAAUGUGUUCAUGUCAGGUCUAGAAUUCAGAUCUCACCGCAGGAUAUAGUUCUUAUAAUUAAGAUUAUUAUGCAUCAACUUAGGAAAGAAUCACUCCGAGUCUUCUGUGUUAAGCAAUUUUAAUAUCUAAAAACACUCUAAUAUGCGAACACUUUAUGCUCGGAAUUAUCAACACAGUACUCCUGGAGAUGUCCUACUCAUUAAUCCGCACAAUUAACCCUCAAAGGUUAAGUUUGUUUAAACUGAGCAAUGUAACAAUAGGCUAACUUCUCAGAGCAGCGAGACCAUACGUGGCGAUAGGAAAAGUCCUUAAAAAAAACCACGAUAUUCAUACGAACAGUGAUAAAGAAACAUGUGACCAAGGCAAAAGUAGACAUCAAUUAAUUAAUUUAAAUCGUCCGCUGGUCGCCGCGCGUCACCCCCGUUUGACACCAGGCACGGUUGAUCCUUGUAGACUCAACCUUUGCAUUGGUGUGCUCGGCUUCCGGGUCCGCACGCUCGUGGUUAGUCAUUAGCCGCUGCUGCUGCUGCUGCUGGUCCUGUGCGAUGCUCGCUUGGUUGAUGCUUGGUGCUCUCCGCCCUUUCUCCAGGUUGAUUGCUUGUCGCUGCUCCUCACACUUGUCUAGGUUCCGUCUGCAUCGAUGUGUGUGUGUCGAACACCCGGUGCUCUCGCCAGCGCCGACACUCUUUCUCGUUGCGCGGGUCACGCUCUCUCCACAGCUCUAUGCUCUCUCUCUCUUGCAGCUGCUAGCUUCGCGCAGGCGUCCUGGGGUGCCUCUCCCGCCCCUUCUUCCAGGAUGGCUCAAUGUAGAAUAAACUUUCAGCGAUACUUUGUUGGUCAGUGCCGAAAUCAACACUUAACAAUACAUCAUCCCUCUCCUCUGCGAGAUACGACGCCCAUGGUUGAUUUCGAGGCCCACUCCCGGAGCUUGCCGCAGCAAGACUGAUGUGCGUAGUUUCUGCUCGUUAUAUUCGAAAAUUUCCCACCUCGAAUCGCCUCCUGACAAAGGACAAGAAACCACUUUGAUUUCGCUCUCAUCCUGUGGGAACAGCUGUUUGUCCCUCGGUGUGUCUGACUGGUUUUACCACCUCUUGCCAUAAUUAAUCUGGCCUUUUUUUUUGGAGUCCGUUUGGAAUUUCCCGCAGAAUCUUAUUAGCCCCCCAUGCACCGGGGUUUUUUAGAAUUACAUUUUAUAACCUUCCAGCUGCCUUUUGUGUGGCGGGGCAGGAGGCGGGGGGGGGGGGCGUGACACCCCAAUCAAAUUAUUACAAUAACAAAAAAUAAAAAAAGAUAUAGGCAAAAUCACUCAUAAUAUAAAAUUUGGGAAAAGGCAUAUAUACAACAGUGAUGAGACAGACAGAGGCGAUUGUGAUGCCAGAGCAUCACAAUCGCCAGAGCAUCACAAUCGCCUGGUCUGGUGGGCGAUGAGUGUACAUUUCAAUGUGUGUCCGUAUUUCAGAAACUCUUUAUCUUUAAUUGCUGCCUAUCAAGGGAACUCAGCCACCCAAUCAUUCACUGACUCAAAUACUCACUCACUUACCCACUCUACCAUUAGUACAUUCAUAAUCACACAAUGCUUAUAGCGCUGGUGCUCUCACGAAGGAAGGCUCUGUUUCCCAGAGGGGUACAGCUUGCAGUAGUUUCACAGCAGGGGGCGAUGUUGCUAAGUGCCUUCUCCGAAUUGAAUGAUUUGCAGAUACACUUUCAUAUUUGGCCAAUCUGGACCGUGACAGUCACUCAGUGAUCUACUCUUUUCGAUUGACCUCAUGGGGUCAUUAACGUCCAUUGUGAAAAAACCCAAACUUAAUACGAUGCGUUUUUGGUGCAGUCGUUGGUAACCAGGCUGAGACCAUCAACUCACCGCACUUGAGAACCCAGUUUCAUCGUCAUGACUGUGUGGCUGAAACUCCGGAUUCAGGAUCUCAGUGGUGUCAGCACUGGGACUCUGACACGGCAAUUAUGAGUACUCCUAAACCACUGUCACUCAUGGAUUUAAGUGUAAUUUAUAUCAAUGCUACCUCAGUGAGUUUUACAAACAGGAAAAGACGUAAAAAAAUUAAAGUUGGUCUUUCAGCUGCCAGGGCCUUGAUUAAUGGAAUUCUUGCAUGCACAGUGUGGUAGAUAUGGCUGUGGUUCGCUAUUACAUGGGCUCAUCAGUGAGCCAAGCCCAUCCGCUGACUGCCAGGAGGUUGCUGGCCAUGAAGCCACGACUGAUACAGGAAUCCUCUGGUCACGACGUGGAGUCGUGUGAACAUUGCUCGCGAGCAUAUGUAGCUGAGACUGGUUCAGUGUUCUAACGUCUCUCACACACCUGGGGAGAUUGUGAAAGUUUAAAAAAAAAAGUGGACACAACAAAUUCCAGGUACUGCAAGUUGACCACUCUCACAGCCUCACCACCUGCACCACCACUACCUCCUGUCUUCAGGCUUUCUCCUUGCCACACCGUUGACCACUUUUGUGAGGGCCCCUCUCACCACCACUGCCUGGCGGCAUGAGGUUUCCUCUGCACCCUUGGUUGCUAACCCCGGGGUGCCACUCCAAUGCCCAUCUCGUUCCACCCUGCACAUGCAUAAGGAAUUCGCUGAGUCGCAGACUGAGCGGCAAUUCACGUUGCAUGCAUCUCGAUGGUCAUUGCAGUGAGAGCUGUCGGCAACUGUAGCCCGUUUGUGACAUAGGUCAAGUGUCUGAGUCGUUAUUCUUGCAAUUCGUUAUUGAUUUUUUGGUUAGCCCACGUAAUGCCAUGGACUAACUUUCCAUCAUAAGAUCAAACAAUUAAAAUUCUGACUUCCUGGAUCUUGUCCUCAAGGUGCUUGGUGUAGUCAUAGUUGAUGUGUUGUUAAAUGUACCACGUGACACGUUAAUUUGGUGAUGUCGGAUGAUGGAGGGUCACACGGCACAAAUUUGGCCAGAUUGUUCCAUGGCCUGACCCAGAACUCGAGUCCGGACCCUCACGUUGGCUGCGUCUCGUGCGUUAUUGCCAAUCAUUUUAAUAAACUGCGGCCUUUUUCAAUCGUGAACAUUUCUUCUCCUAAUGAGUUUUAAUUUUUAUCAGAGUCACCCGGGUGGCGUGAAGACUUGCGAUGGGGCGCUGUGUCGAGUUUAGUUUCCAUUUCCCCGAUUGUGGUGGAGUGGUUGAGAAGCGCCGAUGCAGGAGCCGCGACUGGGAAUUGCGUUGCCGUGACAUUGCACGCGGUCUCGCUCUAUCAAAGACGCACACUGCUGCUUGUGUUAUGUCCAGCGAAAUGUUCUUAAAAUAAAGUCAUGUGUAAGGUCAAUCUCA